AUGAUCCAGAGUCAGCCCACAGUCGUCUCUGCCCCGGGCAAGGUUCUUGUCGCGGGGGGCUAUCUUGUUCUCGAUCCAGCAUAUUCGGGAAUUGUCGUCUCCGCGUCUCCAAGAUUCUACACUGUCGUUCAAGGUUUCUCUAGUCUCGGUGAACCAGUAAUCCAAGUUCGGUCUCCGCAAUUCAGGGAUGCUGUUUGGUCGUAUUCUGUCAAACUUCAGCCAGCCGUUGUCGUCGAGGCUUCAUCACAAAAUUCAAGCACAAACAAAUUCGUGAAGUUGGCACUACAAAGCACGAUAUCAUUGGCCUGUCAAGUUCGGGGUACAGAUGCAGUUUCUGAAAUCCUAGCUCGAGGGCUUGACAUCGUGAUCGUUGGAGAUAAUGAUUUCUAUUCACAACGAGCUCAGCUCGAGUCCAAGGGCCUUCCUCGUAGCGUGCAAUCCCUGUCCCAAAUUCGGCCGUUCUGCCCCCAAGGAGUUCCGCUUUCAGAAGUUCACAAGACGGGUAUGGGAUCAUCUGCAGCCUUGAUAACGUCGCUGGUCUCCUCUCUGUUACUUCACUUCGGCGUAAUUCCAACCUCCGCUUUUGAUGACCACGACAAUGAGCAUCGACAUCUCACUCAUAACGUUUCCCAAUUCGUGCAUUGCCUCGCUCAAGGAAAAGUCGGUAGUGGAUUCGAUGUAUCUGCGGCGGUCUUUGGUAGCCACAUUUACACGCGCUUCGAUCCGGCGGUGCUCAAAGAUUUAAUGUCAGAAGAAACGGUCCAUGCGUCGCAAUCACUGCUUAACAUACUUUCACCGUCAAACAAAGCUUGGAAUCAUCGUGUCCAACCGUUUUCGCUUCCGCCGUUGACUCGGUUAAUGCUUGCAGAUGUCGACGCGGGAAGUGACACGCCGUCGUUGGUGGGCAAAGUCCUUCAAUGGCGCAAGGAGAACAGCGUGAAAGCCGAAGCCCUUUGGAAUGAAAUUGACCAACAAAACCAGUCCCUCGCGAAGGCACUCCUACAGUUGACCGAUUUACACUCGCGGGAUCCGGAAAAUUACAGCAGAGCGUUGAAAUACAUUUCAUCUCUACAACCUUUACAAUGGACCGCUGAUCCUUCCCUAUCCAGGGAGGAGACUGAUGUCGCCGAAACAUUCUAUAGGGUCCAUCAAGUUACUGAGGCGAUACGUCAAAAAAUGAGGGAAAUGGGUAAUCUGGCUGGUGUCCCAAUCGAGCCACGAGAACAGACAGCUCUCCUUGAUGAGUGUAUUUCGCAAGCAGGUGUAAUCGGAGGUGGCGUUCCUGGUGCCGGAGGAUACGAUGCGAUAUGGUUACUCGUCUGCGCUCCGGAAGACCGCAAUCCCGAUCCAUGGCCGUUCGAGAAAAUUGAUUACUUUUGGAUGAAUUACCAACCCGUGCAAGUUUCCCCGCUCUCUGCAGUGGAAAGUAAAGGAAAGGGCUUACGCUUAGAGGAGUUGAAUGAAGUAAAGGGCCUCAAAGAGGCAAUUGGAGCGGAUUAA